AUGACCGACUCGCCUGGGAGAACACUCAGACGACGUCAUCCUUCUCGCGAUUCUAAAUUGAGCCAGAGUAGCACUUCUACCUGUAGCAAUUCCACCAAAUUUUCCUUCGCUCGUAAAAGAGAAGAAGAGAAUCGCAAAGGUCCUGCGGAAAAAUCUGUCCACCACCCUCAAGACUCACUGUUCAGUACAAGCUCGGGAUGGACGAACUAUCGUGGUUUCUUCAACUUGGCUAUGCUUCUUUUGAUAGUUUCAAACGGCCGUGUUGCUCUUGAAAAUCUUAUUAAGUAUGGUAUUUUAAUCUCUCCCAAUCAGUUAGUAUCCAUGUUCGUGCAUGGGGGCUCUCUAUGGCAUUGGCCGAAUCUAGCUCUUAUCACUCUGUCCAACAUAACGAUUUUAGUUAUAUUUUUCACUGAGAAGCUUCUAGAGAGAGGUCAUCUAGGUAACUAUUUUGCUGGAGUGUUCUAUCCCAUUAUCAUAUGCUCACAUCUCAUCAUACCUGCUGCUGUAACUUUGAAUGUUAGAGGCAAUCCCUUAUUCGCUGUAGUUGCUUUGGGAAUUUACGUUAUUGAAGCUCUCAAACUAGUCUCAUACGUACAUGUCAACUAUUGGUGUCGUUGCGCUAGGAGAGAGAAAAAAUCUGAGGAGGAACUACCUGAAGAGCUGAAGCAUGAAGCUUCGUUCUUUGAAAACGCUUCGCUCUACCCAGGAACUCUAACUUUAUCAAAUCUCUACUAUUUCAUCGUAGCCCCAACAUUAUGCUAUGAGCUUAAAUUUCCUAGAUCAGCUCGUAGAAGAAAGAGUUUCCUCAUCAAAAGAACGGUUGAGUUGGUCUUCCUCUCUUUCCUUAUGGUAGCUCUUGUUCAACAAUGGGUUGUUCCUACAGUCCGCAACAGUAUGGGUCCUUUGAGUGAAAUGGAACUGGGAAAGUGCUUGGAACGAUUAUUGAAGCUAGCUAUCCCUAACAUUUUCAUUUGGCUCAUAUUCUUCUAUACAUUGUUCCAUUCAGCUCUUAACCUGAUUGCAGAAAUUCUUCGUUUUGCUGACCGGGAGUUCUACAGAGAUUUCUGGAACGCUGAGACAAUCCAAUACUUCUGGAAAACAUGGAACAUCCCAGUGCACAGAUGGGCUCUUCGCCAUAUUUAUUGCCCUAUGAUGCGGAACAAAUAUAGUAAGAUGAGUGCUAUGGCUGUAGUUUUCUUUGUUUCCGCCUUUUUCCAUGAAUAUUUGGUUUCCGUUCCCUUGGCAAUGUUCCGCCUCUGGGCUUAUUAUGGAAUGAUGGGGCAGAUACCUCUAUCUUUCAUCACUGACUAUGUGGUCAAAGGAGGCAGAGCUGGGAAUAUUGUCGUCUGGCUCUCAUUGAUCGUUGGGCAGCCUUUGGCCAUCCUUAUGUAUGUCCAUGAUUGGUAUAUUUUGCAUUAA